GUAGGAUACAAGAUGGAAAUGAAUAACAAGUUUGCUUGUUACUUGGCUCCAAUGAACAAAUCUGAAGAGACUGACAGCAAGGACGUGGCCAACGCUUUGGAACAACCGAAUGAAAGUACAACAGAUGACGAUGAUGAAGACACCGAUGAUGAACACAGGCAAUUCGUUGUCAACACCUCCCCGAUCAAGGACAAGUCCUUCCUAAGUCCCAGAAUGCAGGAAUUCUGCAGGGAUCUGAAGACAUACUGGCUAACUCAAAAGGACGACAAUACUGUAGAUGGCGCCAACACACGAGGCACGGCAGGAGUUCAUCGUCAAAAGCGAGGCUGCUAUAGGUACCGUUGCCGGAGGGUGCGACGCAUUUGCAUAUGUAUCCGCUGUUUAUUUUGUAAAAGGUGUAGACGUGUUUGCAUCAGGCGUGUGGUUUGGGUGUGGUGCCACAGGUGUCGUUAUUAAAUGCCAUCGCGAAAUGUCAGUAAUGUCACUUAGCUUACUUUUUGAGUGCAACACCUCGGCUAAGCUGGAGAAUUAUUUCCGGCUUCUCUCUCUCUCUCUCUCAGACACACACACACACACACAAACACACACACAGCGACACACCCUAGAAUAUAAACGAACAGAGUCAUUAAUUGUGAACGAAGACCUUGUACGACAAACUGGCUACCUGAAGAUAAAGAAUUGUUUUGCGAACUUCAUUGAAUGAUGAACUGAUAAGUUACAAACAUGGGGAUUUGAAAAAGUAAUGUUCUUUCAAGAAGGUAGUAAGUUGGGGUUACAAUGCCGAUUUUCCUUGCUACGUAUAUAUUUUGCCAAAUUAAUAAAGCAAAAGAAAAAAAACUUGCGACAGUUACUGAUUG